AUGGUCCUUACAGUGAUUUUAUUGCUAGUUUCAGGCUAUGUUACUCUGUGUUCUCCCACUCAUCGGGAGUUCUACCUGAUAAACGGGGCUAAAAUCUGGGCUGAUGCCCAGAGUUACUGCAGGAGAAAUUACACCAACCUCGCCACGAUUGGCAGCCAGGAUGACAUGCAGAGGCUGGUGAACAUGGUAUCAGCCAGUGGUGUGACAGCAGAGAUGUGGAUCGGCCUGACACAAACAGGCCCAGCAGCCUGGCUGUGGUCUGUGGGAGAAACUCAGAUCAGUGAUGGAGUAGUUGAAUACAGUAACUGGGCCAGUUUACCAAGUUCCACUGACAACUGUGGAGGAAUGAGGGAUGAUGGGAAAUGGUUCAGCGCACCCUGUACAACAACGCUUCCUUAUGUAUGCCAAGAGAUUGGUUCCAGUGGGUUGUAUGUUGUUUUUCAAGGGACGAGCUGGCUAUAUGCCCAGCAGGACUGUCGCAUGAACAACAAAGACUUGGCCAGUGCGAGGAGCCAGGUGGAAAAUCUGGCAUUGCAGCAAAUAAUCAAUAGCGCUGCGCUGUCCUCAGUCUGGAUCGGUUUGUUCAGAGAUGAUUGGAAAUGGUCAGACCAGAGCGACAGCUCCUUCAGAUACUGGGCCAGUGAUCAACCAAACAACGAUGGAAUCCAAUCAAAGUACCAGAAUGCCAAGGUUCAGUGGAGAGUCCAGCCUGAUGGGAAAAUUUUCCAUAAGGAAGAGGAGAAGGAAAUCAAGGAUGCCUGUUAG